AUGUCAGAUUCUUCGGAUCCUCCCCCAUCAAGCGACUCCGAAUCCAUCUACCAUCGCCCGUCUCAUCGAAAAGACUUUCAGAUAGCUAUUAUCUGCGCCUUGUCAUUCGAAUACGAUGCCGCCACACUCAUUGUUGAUGAAUUCUGGGAUCAAGAUGGUAAACAAUACGGACGAACGUCUGGAGAUACGAAUAUAUAUAGAAAUGGGCGGAUUGGCAUGCACAAUGUCGUGCUCAUGCUUCUACCAAAUAUGGGCAAAGCUGCAGUCGCUGGGUCCGCAGCUAGUUUGCGGACAAGCUAUUCGAACUUGAGGAUUGCAUUCCUCGUGGGAGUCUGUGGCGGGGUCCCCAUCCUUGGUGCACAUGAGGCACUCCUUGGCGAUGUGGUUAUUGGCGAAGCUAUAAUUCAGUAUGAUUUCGGCAGACAGUAUCCAGGGGAAUUCAUCCCCAAGGAAACGGCCGUAGCUACCCAGAGCCUACCGAACAAAGAUAUUCGGACACUCCUCGCUUACUUUAAAUCCGAUACUGGGAAGUCCGAUCUGCGACAAGACACUGCCAGGCAUUUGAAAGCUUUGCAAGGUGCAGCUAUUCUAAAGGAGUAUCGGUACAGUUACCAUUAUCCUGGUUUCACCGAAGAUAAGCUCUUCGACGCGACGUACCGACACAAGCACCGAGAAGGACGGCCGAGGGUUUUAUGUUGCGAAUCUGACACUUAUUGCGAUACUGCGGCACAGUCAUCUUGCUAUGAGUUGGGAUGCGACGACAGAAAGUUAGUUCAGAGGCAACGUUUGGAAAGGAAACGAUACCUGUCAAUUGAGGAGGCGCAAUGCCCAGACAUUUUCAUCGGGCGCGUUGCAUCUGCGGAUACAGUGAUGAAGUCUGGCGAUCAUCGUGACCAGAUUGCCAAACAAUACAAUAUCAUAGCUUUCGAAAUGGAAGGGGCCGGCCUUUGGGACGAGUGCCCAUGUAUCGUCGUCAAGGGGAUUUGUGACUAUUCAGAUAGCCACAAGAACAAGAUUUGGCAACCGUUUGCUACAGCAACCGCAGCAGCUGUCGUCAAAGCUAUGUUAGCACGGUACACCAUAGAAGAUCAUGCUCAACUAUCUACGUCGAGUGCUGGUUCUACUCAACGCGGCCAGAUCGUUCCCGCACAAAAUGAGAUAGCCCAUUAUGGUGCGCGAAAACCAUCAUCGGGAUCUAUUCCUGGUACCAAAGAGUCGAAUGGGAUUCGAACCCUGCGGGAUAGCAUCUUCGAUUUUCAAAGGGCACUUACUGAUGACCAACAACGUGAAUUACAAGGCAUAGAGACGGUACCAGAUGCAACUGCCGUCCUUGUAUUUACUGCUGAGCUCGAUUCGCUGAAUAGAAACAGAAAGGGGCGUAGCAUCGCUAGCAGACUCCAUUCAGUCUUACAGUCCGUUCGGGAUUUUUCCGCGGUUGUCGAAGCAGUUGAUUCGACGUACCUAGGAAUGUCUUCCCUCCUAUGGGGAAGUGUGAAACUGACAAUGCUAGUGACUGUCAAGUCUAUAACAUAUGAUGAGGCCCUCUCAAAAUUCUUCAUGGACCUUGGGAGGAUUUGUCCACGGUGGGGAGAUUAUCAAAUCCUGUACCCAUCUUCACCACGGCUUCAGGAUGCCCUUUAUGAGUUCUAUGCAUCGCUCAUUCGCUGUUGCAAGCGCGCAUUAGAAACUGCUCAACCUUCAUUUGGCGCGGGCAAAACAACUCUUACAGCGAGUGUCAUCGAAAAACUCUUAAUGGAGAAGCGCAGCCCGGAUGUCUUCAUCGGCUUUUUCCUCAUACGGUUUGAUGAUCAUCAGUCAUUAAACGCCGAGGUCAUUCUCAAGUCAAUCAUUCGACAGAUGCUAGAUGUAUCAAGCAUUUACGAAAGGGUCGAAAAGUUAUUGGAUUGUACGAAACUCAACUUGACGUUGAGACUCAAAGAAAUUGCGAAAUUACUGGAAAGUAUGGCUGAAGAAUUCAAGACCCUCUACAUCGUACUAGAUGGGCUAGAUGAGUGUACAAAAUCGGAACGCCACGAUCUCCUUGAAAAUCUUCACUCAGCUAUGAAUGUCAGGUCUAACAUAAAGCUUUUCCUCGCUGGUCGUGAUAGCGUCUCCAGAGAGAUACAAACGAGAUUUCCGACCAUGAAACAGAUUUCCAUGAACUGUUCGUCAGCUCAAUCCGACAUCACGACGUACAUUGAAGGCGUAGUGCAGGAAAAACUGCAAACUGAAGAGCUUAUAGUUGGGGAUCCGGACCUCAUCGAAGAUAUCAAAGCGGCACUCUCAGACGGGGCAAAUGGCAUGUUUCUUUGGGUUGUAUUCCAAGUAAAUGAGCUUUGUUUACAGCAUUGUGAUGAGGACAUCCAAACAGCCAUUCGAAAUUUCCCCAAGGACCUAGAGGAAACAUUCAAUCGGGCCAUCGACCGCAUCGUUUCUCGUGGGAAUGAAAGUAUCGCGAAGCGUAUUUUUCGGUGGGUGGCUGCUGCGAAAGAGCCUCUGUCCCUCGAUCAGCUAGAGGAAAUUAUCUUCGUUGAAAUUGGACAAGAAUACUCCAAGAGAGAACGACAUUCUAACGGCAUUGCUCACAUCAGCUCAUGGUGUGAAAAUUUCGUUCAAGUCGAUGAGGAACUAAAAACAGUUCAAUUCGUGCAUCAAACUAUCCAGCAAUUUUUCAUUGAGAAGUCGUUUAAGUCUCGAAAUGACCAGUUCUACCUGAAUCUCGAAGAUGCCGACCACUUUCUUGGCGAGAUAUGCGUUACUUAUUUGAACUUCAAUGACUUCAAGACAACACUAGCCAGAAGACAGCAACCAUUACCACUUAUGCCGCCUAUAGCUAUAGCUGGGACAGCUUUACGACCACAAUGGAAGGCUAUCUUAUCGAUUCCUGCUCUCUUGAAGCUUAAUCUGAAUACUAGAGGAGGCUCAGCGGCCGCAAAUGCUAUUGGGGCUUUAGAAACCUUUCAACGUGAUGAUACAUGGGGCGCAAUAGAGAGGCUACUUGAAGGGCACCCUUUCCUACGAUAUGCAUCAAUUCACUGGAUUUUUCAUACGACCAUGUUUCAAAGAGAAAGAUCCAAGACCUGGGGUUUAUGGGAAAAAAUGAUUGUUCAAGGACAUGAUCUCGUGAAGAAGCCAUGGGUUGAAGAAUCUUUCAGCGAAAGCAUCCCAAUCAUCCUAGACUGGAGCCAAAAAGUUCACCAUUAUGCCCUUAUACGACUUAUUUUCCUCAGCGGCAUGCUUUUAGGCUUCAGCUUAGGGCCACUCAUGCAGAGUGCAGUGGUUGAUGAAGACAUUAUGCUGCUCGAUAUCCUUCUCGAGCACGAAAAAUCAGGUAUUAUAAUAGACCAGGCUUGCGAAACAGCGGCUCAACUUGGCCGCCUCGAUGCUAUGGAAAGACUGUUAGCCGCUGGAGCAGAUGGCCAGACUGCUCUACAGGCUGCCGCGCUUAGUGGCCAGCAAAAUAUUAUCAUGCGCCUAUUAGCAACCGGUAUAGAUGGUCAAAUUGCACUGCAGGCUACUGCUAGACGUGAAGACGUCUCUGGCGCUACAUCCUUGUUAGAUGCUGGCGUAGAUGGUCAGCCUGCACUACAGGACCUUAUUAAUAGUGCCAAUUUGGACGUUAUUGAUCCAAGGCCGGGUCAAGCUUUACCAGACUUUCCUAGUACUGAUCUUAAUCCUAUCAAGAUCCUGUUGGCUGCCGGUGUAGAUGGCCAGCCUAUACUACAGACUGCUAUUAAAGGAGGCCAUCGAGUUACCAUCGCCCUCCUGUUGGCUGCCGGUGUAGAUGGUGAGCCAGAAUUACUUGCAGCUUCUAGAAGUGACAAUCAGGAUAUCCUGAAGCUGCUGUUAGCCGCUGGUGCAGACGGCCAGACUGCACUACUUAACGCUGCCCGCAACGACGAUCUAGACGCGAUGAAGGGUUUCUUGGCAGCUGGAGUUAAUGGUCAGGAUGCACUGCAAUCCGCUGUUACAAGUGGCGAAGAAUAUAUCAUCGAAUGCCUCUUAGCUGCUGGUGUAUAUGGACAGCCUAUACUACAGGCCGCUGCUGAUAAUGAUGAUCUACACACCAUAAAGCUACUCUUAGCUAAUGGUGUAAAUUCUCAGACAGUAUUGUCAACCGCUGUUGAACAGGACUGUCUCGUCCUCAUUGAGAAGCUUCUGGCCGCUGGUGUUCGGAUGAGCGCAUCUAUCACACGUACACUGAUGGACAGAUCUGGUCUAAAAAGUGCUGCUCGACUGGGCUAUAUCAACACCAUUGAGGCUCUCUUGGCGGCCUUUGAACCUGAAUCAAAUGUACUUUUUAAAUGGGAUUUACAAUCUGCUCUAGCUGCCGCUUCUCGAUGUGGUCAUCUUCAUAUUGUUGAGAGGUUCUUGGCCGCUAGAGUCUCUGUAAAUGGACAAUCGAUAUGGGAUGAUCAACUUGCGUUACAGGCUGCUUCUGAAGGAGGUCAUCUCGAUAUUGUUGAAAGGCUGUUGGAGGCCGGAUCAAAAGUAAAUACAUGCGACGCACCGGAAAAUCCAAAUGCCUUACGAGCCGCCUGUCAAGGUGGUCAUCUUGAUGUCGUUAAGAGGCUGUUGAACGCUGGAGCAAAGGUAAAUGAAAAUGGCAGAUCGGGAAACGCUCUACUUGCUGCUUCCAAAGGUGGCCAUCUUGAAGUUGUUGAGACACUUCUGGCUGCUGGAGCAAAGGUAAAUGAAAAUGGCAGAUCGGGAAACGCUCUACUUGCUGCUUCUGAAAGUGGACAUCUUGAAGUUGUUGAGAAACUUCUGGCCGCUGGAUUCGAGAUCAACACGCACAGAACUAGAUGGAUGGGCCGUAUUGCCUUGCAAGCCGCCUCUCAAAAGGGCCAUCUCGAAGUUGUGGAGAGGCUCUUAGCUGCUGGGGCCGAUGUAAACAUGGCUGCUGGAUCAAGAGCUUACAGUGCCUUGCAACUUGCUGCCGAGGGUGGACACACGAAAAUUGUGUCGCGAUUGAAACAAGCAGGCGCGAAAGAGUCGAAUAACAGUUGA